AUGACGAACAUUCACACUCUUAAUGAUUUGAAAAAAGGCAGUGGCGCGAGCAAAACUGGUGUAGGUCGUAAAAUAGCUAAUAGUGGGAAUGGUACUGAAACACUAACUAUAACUCACGAAGACUUGAAAAAUGCUGGUCUACGUCAAUGUAUCGAGAUUCUCGGUGGUAUGGAUGAAAUUGUAGCAGUUAUGCAGGCUAUCACAGAAUAUGUAAGGUUUCCAGAUGGAAUUGAUAGCACAAUCUCCCUAGAAAUACUACAAGAAAUGAUAGAUGUGUAUAACCGUGCAUCUUCUAUGCAAAAGGGAGCCGCGAAGUCCAAAGAAUUAAUAAAGCUAAUCAAUUUGUACAAAGAAUUUUUGAAGGAAUCCAGAGCAGAUUAUCGAAAUCAUAAUUGGGUGAUAAACAGUCAAUUGACAAUAUGCAAAAAAGAAAAUGAAACAGUGAAGAACGAAAAUGACAAAUUGAAGAAAAAGUUGAGAGAAGCUGGAAAACCAGUAGAUGUAGAUAAGAAUAAUGAAGUGUUAAAGCUUGCUUUAGAUCAAGCCAAUAAAGAAACUGCAGAGCUUGCAUUGCAAUACAAGAAGAGAAAAGUCAGAACCACAGCAAAAGAUUUAUUUCGUUAG